UGGGUUUUUGGUAUGAUCUUUCACAGUGCUCAGUGAUGUGUAACAGCCAGAGGGGUUGAUCUGGUUCUGAUCACCUGGAUUUGGGCGUCAUGACUCAGCAGGCAGUGCUGGCUUUGCUUCUUACACUGGCCGGAAUCCUGCCUGGCCCCCUGGAUGCCCAAGAGGUACACCAGGCCCCCGGAGUCGUGAUUGCCUCCGAGGGCGAUUCCAUCAACAUCACCUGCUCUACCAGAGGGCACUUGGAAGGGAUCUUAGUGAAGCGGAUCUGGCCUCAGGAUUCCAAUGUGAUUUACUUUGAAGACGGGCAGGAGCCCACAGUAGACGAGACCUUCUCGGGCCGAAUUGACCUCUCCGGUUCCCAGAAGAACCUGACCAUCACCAUGCGCUUCCUCCAGUUGGCAGACACUGGAGCCUACACCUGCGAGGCUAUCAGGAAAGUCAGUGUCCGUGGCUUGUUCACCAUGGUUGUGGUGAGAGAAAAACUAUCCCAAGAAACAUACAGAUCCCAGGAACCUCUGCAGACAUCGGUUUUCCUCCCAGCUGCCAUUGCCGUAGGCUUCUUCCUCACCGGGCUGAUCCUGGGGUUGUUGUGCAGCAUGCUGAGGAAGACACAGAUCAAGAAACUGUGUGCCUCGGAGAAUAAGGCCUCUCCGUGCGUAGUGUAUGAAGACAUGUCCUACAGCAACCGCAAGAUUCCGUGUGCCCCCAACCAGUACCACUGAGCCCCUCUGCCCGCAGGCCCCGUUUCAGCAAAGCUUACAUCCCCCCAGCCCCUCCGUGUGCCCCCAACCAGUACCACUGAGCCCCUCUGCCCGCAGUCCCUGUGCCUUGUUCCAGCAGAGCUUACCUCCCUCCAGCCCAACUGCCCCAGCACCCUUCCUGUGGCACUCAAACGCCCUCCCCCCCCCACCCCCCACCCACCCCCCCCCACCCCCGCUUCUGGGUGGGUGGGAUUCCUCCUCUGUACGCUUCCCCGUAGGGCUCUGCAACCUGUCACCGACCCUAGCCAAGUACCCCUGACAUCAGGGACAAACCUUGAGGAGAAAGUGAUACCUGCUUUGGAGCGGCCUAGCCAGGAAAAAUUAAAUAAACAAACAAAUACAUAAACAAG